ACUUCAAGUCCACUGUCUCUGUAAUUUCCCAGCGUAGUGAAGUCCCGGGUCAGUUGACGAAGACCAAAGCGAGCUUCCUCUUUCUCGCAUGGUUCCGUGUCUCUGCUCGACUCUGCAAGUCGGUUCAGCAGUAAGUGCGGGCUGUAUCCGGUCGGUCGGGCCGUGUUUUUGAGUUCACUACUCGUGAGAUAAGUGUUGGAGUGAGUUUGGUGCCAGUAAGUGUUGGGAGGGGGGCUUGAGUUUGCGGAUGGAGGUGACUGUGCUGGCUUCUUGGUCGACAAGUUUGUUCAAUUCCUUCUCUGGCCUGGACGAGACGUGCUGUGAUGCAAUGGGACCUACGUGGUGACGCGAAUCCCAAAGGAUUGGGGUUGAGGAUCGGCUGCUUGACGCAGGUCUGUAGAGAAGCUGGGUGGCGCUUCUGUGUUAACGGUUUUCCAGCAUAAUCCGCCAUCUAGGAGCUCUAUUUUCCAGUAACACACAUCUCAGUAACUCUAUGAAGCAGUGCGGUUCGUUGCAGCUGAUAGCUUCGAUUCAGUUUGAGAAAAGGGCGGGGUUACAUUGUGAGCUGGUGUAGCGAAAAUCGAAUGCGUGGAGAACGUAUCAAGUUUCGACUGAGCAUAAUCGCUGAAGUGUAAAGGACUGUUAUCAUGGGUGCAGGGAGGGGUAGCCUUGAAACUCUGAAAAGAGCUGGAAGGACCCUUUUCUUCCUUGUUAACAUGUUUGGAUCAUUGUUCGUGUCCUCUGGCCCUGUUCUCGUCUCCAUUGCAGACGUAUGUACCGUCUUCUCCGCUUUCACAUGCUGCAGGUUAUGUUUCUCAUUCAGAGCUGAUUGGGCAACAUACAGCUUCCGGGGAUCUCUUGUUGACAUCCCUCUACUGUCCUUGGGGCGUUCUUUUGCUGCUCUCUUUUUUUAUGCCGUUUGUGCCAUCCCAAGCCUAUGCCACGGUCCAUAUUUGGGUAUCACUAUCGUUUCUGGGAUCGGUUCGAUGGUGUUUCUCUCCGUGAAGGCGUCUAUGUUUGAUCAUUUUGAGGUUUCCACGGGAUUACCUGUUUCACCUGGAGAAAGGAGACACAAGAUCACACUGCCACUGCUCUUGGUCUCAUCGGCUUUAUUUUCUUUGUUACACAUUUUUAUAGCUUACCGGACAAGGUGUCAGGCUCGCCGUAAGCUCUCCUUUGAUAGAUUAGACAUGGGCUCAUCAGCCAGAAAAAUGUCCAUGACUCUUUACCAGCACGUCCCUCGGGUUUCCUCGCCAACUUACUCUCGAACGAAUGAUUUAGAAAGAAAUGUGAUGAUAAAUCCACUACAGGAUGAUGAUAAGGAUGUACCUGCUUACCUGCUUGCUGACUAUAAUAGCCUAUUCAUGGAUUUGAAAGGGCUGUCUAUACAUUACAAGUUGGUCGAAGUCGGUACAUAUACUGAAGUGUCUUUCAAGGGUCCAUACGAAAGAGACGAAUUGCCACAAUAUUCACAGAGCUUGACUUCGGAAAAUUCAUCAAAUGUAAUGACUGCGUGGAACCCUCUUGUGCGGUCAUCUACUACUGGAUCCAUGCACUUAUCCGUCCAGGUACCCCUGUUGAGUGGUUACGCAGGUGAUGAUUAUUCAGUGUACGGAUCCACAAGUUGGAGGAACGGUCCCGCAACGCUGAAUGGAUGGCAAGCGAUCUUGCAGGAAACCCAUCAAGGGUCCGGGGUCGCAUCCACUGUGCCAUUCGUGAACGGGGAUUUUGAUGGAAACUCACCAGGAGUUAUUUUCAUUCAUGGUUUUGGAGGCGGCGUGUUUUCAUGGAGGCAUGUAAUGGCCACCGUGGCCAGAGAGGUUGGUUGUAGAGUUGUCGCCUUCGAUCGGCCGGGUUGGGGACUGACCUCACGGCCCCAAAGGUCUGAGUGGGAGCCGAAAGGGUUGUCGAACCCUUACGAGUUACAGACCCAGGUGGAUUUGCUUUUCGCCUUUUGUCAGAGGCUAGGCUUUACUUCGGUUGUUCUUGUGGGUCAUUCUGACGGUGGCGUGCUUGCACUCAUGGCUGCUGCAAUGGCUCUGGAAUCAAGAGACUCCAUUCAGGUUCGAGUUGAAGGAGUGGUAUUAGUAGGUGUUAGUUUCGAUAAGGAGACUGUGUCAUCUACUGCUCGAGUGUUGUUGCAAACACGCCUUGGGCGUCACAUGUUAAGACCUCUUUUACGCUCCGAAAUAGCGCAAGUUACUACUCGUCGUGCCUGGCAUGAUGCCUCAAAGCUCACGUCAGAGACGUUGGAUUUUUACAAGGCACCUCUUCGUGUAGAGAACUGGGACAAGGCCAUGUCGGAAGUCUGCAAGGCCACCUCUGCUACUGCAGUUUUGUCCACCUCUAGUGCAGCUGAGUUAGUGCGAUGUGUAUCGAACUUGCCAGUCCUGGUUGUAGCUGGAAGUAAAGAUAACCUGGUGCCCAUAAAGACUACCCAGUCCUUGGCAUCACAGCUUCCGAACUCGAGGCUUGUGCUAGUACCAAAUUGUGGUCAUCUACCGCACGAAGAAUGUCCGGAUGCUUUACUUUCAGCAAUGAUUCCUUUCAUGACUAAGCACCUUCAUAGCAAUGCUGUUCAUCCAGUAUCAAGAUCAGGAUUAUAACUUAUCCUGAUACAUUUAGGUAGCGAGAGUAGACUACACGAUUUUGUACCAAGUAGCAAGUGUAGAUGUAGAUUAUCUGAAGACCUUUUCAUAGACGCCUUUGUGAAGACCCCCAUGAUUAGUGGACCGGGCUGAGUAAUGUGUAUCCCAUUCUUCUUAGCUUGUUACAAUCUGUAGAGUGUUAGACGUCGCAGAGGUGUUCCAUUCUUAACCAAUAUUGGCCAUCCUCUCGAUGUUCAGAGGAGAGAGCUUACACGACUGGGGGAGCGUGAAUCAUCAACUUGUAUUUUAGUGUAAUUUAGCAGCAGCCAGCUAGCGAUGAAGAUUGAUGGGCAUGUUUGCGGCAGACAGUGCCUGCAACCCAUAGUUUUCCUGUACAAUGAUCUCGGUCAUAAAAGUAAAGUAGAAUACUUCACCUUCA